AACAUGUUACUUCAGGACAGCAGAGAAUCAGAGACAGGUGAAGAAGAGAACACGUUCACGUGCGGCAGAGGUGUGAUUAUGAGAUUCAAGCACAGAUGAAGAUGAGUCUGAGAGGCUGAUGGAGUCCUGAUGAUGUGAUCGGUUAUUGACUGAUUUAUGUAAACUUACACCGGCUAAGAGCCACAGCUCAAACCUGCGCGAGUGUGUGGGCGUGGCCUCAGACUGAUGCAGGGGAGAUGAAAUAGAAAUGCUGUGAGUGGUCACAGUUACAGAAGAUCCAUUUAAAACUGAAUCUUUUCGAAGCACGGAGCCUGCCGGAUGUUUAUUUCAGUAACUUGAGCCUCAUCGUUAUUACGCACGUGUUUCCGAUCCCAACCUCAGACUGUUUUUGUUCCUUUUCAAGACACAAACAGUUGUCAGAGCGCGAUGCUAAGAACAAACGCACCUGUCAUCACACUCGGACACUGCUUCAUUUUCACACUGAACUUUAACCUCGUUAGGAUUAAACUGGGACGUUCUGUUCUCGGGGAAUCUUACUAUUCUUUGGAUAUUCAGCGAACUCUGAGGAGUCGGGUCAGCAGAACAGUGGGGCGGAAAUGACUGCUGGGACGUCUGAGCGUCUCUGCUGGACUCAUCGUCUGUAUCUGCAAAAUCACAUGACGCAUCCCUUACCGAGAAACGGUUGUAAAUGAAACUAUGGACUUUAAGCUUUCUUUUUUCUGUUCAGGUCAGUCUCUCCUCUUGCCUGUCAUAGAUGGCUACUGUCAGAUUUCUCCUGUUUUUGUCAUUAAUAUCUUUAUCUGCAGCUCUUCAGCAGGAUGUUAAGGCGAAGCUUGAAGAUGACGUCACUCUCCAGUGUCAGAUUACCACAGAUGAAAUAAUCUCAGUGCUGAAGUGGAGCAGACCUGACCUGAACACAGACGGCUACGUCUACUUCUACAGGAACAAACGCUCCUAUGAAAACUACCAACAUCCAUCUUUUCAUGGCCGAGUGAAGCUGAGGGACCCAGAGAUGAAGGAUGGAGACGUUUCUGUCAUCCUGAAGAACGUCACGUUUAAUGACGCUGGGAUGUAUGAGUGUCACGUAGCUGUGAGGAAGUCUGGGAGAAGUAAAAGAGUUCACACUGAGAUCAGUCACUUCAUCAAACUCACAGUCACAGGUAAAAUGCAUGAAAACAUGUUGGAGAAGCACAUCAUGGAAAGAGAAGACGCUGAUGGAAACACUGAGGUUGAACAGGUUGAAACACAGACUAUCCUCAUUGUUGCUGGCGUUGCUGUUGUCACUGUUGUUGCUGCAGCUGCUGGUUUGUUAGUGUUGCUCCUUAAGAAGCAGCAUGUAGCUGUUCCCACUGAGGAUGAGUCAGUAGGAAGUCCUGCUGAUUACAAACAGCAGCCAUAAAGAUUCAAAUAUAUUUAAUUGAAAGCGAAAAUGAUAAGAUCAAAAAUUGUUUAUUUAUUAGAUGACAAUGUGUAACCCCUAAAACCAUUAAACACUGUCCUCAUAUAUCUAUCAUAAAAAUAUCCUCAUAACUACAUUUAUAAUUAUUAAUACUAGUUAAAUAUAUACACCUAGAGAACAAACAUUGCUUAUUUCAAGCUAGUCUGUGCAUUCAAAGCAGUGGUAGGAAAUCUUGUAUGUGUGGGAUUUGCACACAUUUGCAUGUAUGGAAAUGACACCACACAUGAAUUUAUAACCCUACAGCCCUCCUGUUUCCUCUUAAGGUCUUCAAAUCUCAGUUGGAUCAGAAAAACUAGAUUCUAAUUCAUUGGAUUCUAUUUUCUUACAACGUGGGUAUUUGUACUUGCAGGUGCAAAGAGUACAAACACAAGCAGAUAGGCAUGUAAUGUACUUGUAUUUAAAAAGCAAAGUGUUACUCAAAGCACUCUAAUUGCAAGUAAACUAUCCAUUUACCUGGUACUUUAUUCUAUGUACUUCAAGCAUUUUAUCUACUUCACAUACAUGGAUGCUUUAGAAUUACUAACUUAACUGACAUGUGUGUGUUUAGACUGUGUGAGGCAGUCUGAGUACUAACAAAAUCCAUAUAAAAAGGCCACAACCAGGAUUUGAACCAGGAACUUUCUUGUUGUGAGGCGACGCUGCUAAUCGCACCAAAUUAUAAUAAUAAAAAUGAUAAUAACAACUGUUAUCUCUCUCUCUCUCGCUCUCUCUCUCUCUCUCUCUAUAUAUAUGUAUAUACAUAUAUAUAUAUAUAUAUAUAUAUAUAUAUAUAUAUAUAUAUAUAUAUAUAUAUAUAUAUAUAUAUAUAUAUAUAUAUAUAUAUAUAUGUAUAUACACAAUGAAAUAUAUAAAGGACGAUGGGGCGUUGUUAAGUGCAGGAAUUUCAGAGGGUGUGGGCAACCACAAUGAAUGCCCUGUCCAUUAAAAACACAGAGGCUGGUGUGAGAGGAAAAAAAAAAAGAUCCAUAGCAUCCAAGAUUGUGUGUGGGUGCAGCAGGUCAGACAAGUACUAAGAGACCAGGGCACUGAGGGAUUUGUAAGUGAGAAAGAAGUAUCCUGUAAGUAGUGUGUGACUUUAGUGGAUGCCCAUUGAAAUUAAAGGGUGAGGGUGAUGUGUUGUUCAGACUGCUGUAAAAUGUCAGAAAAGGUCAAAUUUGACCCAAACAGAAAGUAAAGGGUUGAGGAAAGAUUAAACUCCGACACUUCAGUAACUACAUUUAUCAAGUACACCACACUGAAGAUCAUCUCUGCUGUCCAUUAAUGUCAAAUCCAGUUGAUGUAUGACCUUUCAGACACUGCGUGUGAUUACUUCAAAUCUACCUCACUUUCUGUGUCACAUCGUCACAUGAAGUCAGAUGUCAUUCUACCCAGUUUUUUAUUUGAGCAGUGUUACAUUUUGAUAAAAAAAAAAAAAAAAAAACGAAAAAACAAACAAAGGUGAAACACUGAAAAGAUGUUUGCAGAUGUCUAAGCAACAUUUACCUCAAAACUGUAAGUGGAGAAAAAAAGUCUACUGAGGCUGGUAAAAGUCUACACCUCUGCAAAGGUGGUGGUAUGGUGGAUACAUCAGGAGUUUAUUAAGGCCUUCAGGGCCUUAAGUCAGCUACAAAUAGCCAUUUUCCACUUAAAAAAACCUGCUCGGCUCAGCUCUGCUUGGUUUUGUUCGUUUGCGUUUACAAUUGAGUACCACCUGACGUGCGUGCGGUCGUUAAAACAAUGCAGCCAAACGUCAGGAUGUUGAGGUGAUGAUAUACUUGCUGCUCGGUCUGUGUGUUUUUGUGAAAUUUAGGGACUGUGGUGUUUUUUGUAAGCUGAGCCGAUCUAUUGAGUUAAAAAAAUUAAGAAAAAAAAGAACAGUAGGAAACUGCUCAGUGAAUUAACAUCCAUUUACUGUUAAAUUAGAUUGAAUUCAAGUUUUCUUAAAAGUCUAAUGAGCCAAAUGUUUACCUUUUUUUUCUAACCAAAAAGUACAAGUAAUAGUAUGUGGGGGGGGGUUUUUGUUUGUUUUUUAGUGUGGGUGUGAUGGAGGUUUAUCCCUGUUAAAAGGGAGUUCUUUCUCCCCACUUCAACCAAGUGCUGCUCAGAGGGGCUUAUCUGAUCUUUGGAGCCCUUUCUCUUAGUUUGGGGUUUUUAUUAUUAGGUGUUGUGAGCUGAGACUAAACAGAUCUUACUGACCUGAAUUGCUUCUCAAUACGCAUCAAUACUUUACAUUUGACAUUACUUUACAUGUAUGUGUUUGCAUGUUGCUGAAUACAUAAUAAAGUUUUACUUCAAGCACUGAGGAAAAAAAAGAAAAUCAACUAUAAUUUUUUUUAUUUAUAUCAGAUUGUCUGUGAUCUGCACACAUGCAAUAUCAAUGCAUAUGUAAAGAAACCAGUGACUUUAAAAUAUUAUAAUAUAAAUAUUUGUUUUUUUUAUUUGUAGGCUGAUGUUUGUUUGUUUUUGUUUUUUACUGUGAUUUUUACAGAUUUGAAUAAAAUAAAAUUUUACACUGUUUUUCAGAAGAGACUUGACAGAUUAUGAUGAUGAUGAUGAUUAUUAUUAGUAAUAGUAGUAUUCAUUUAUUAACAUUUAUUUUCAAAAUAGUAAUAUAGCGGUGGUGGUGUUAUUUAUAUUAUCAUUAUUAUUAGAUUAAUUAAAUGUAUUCCUUUUGAUUUUUGCUCUCCAUUUGUGGAUGUUUAAAAAAUGAGCGUGACACCCCGUCUUGAUACACACUUCACAUAAUCGCAGAACAAAAAUUCUUAAAAACAAACUGAAACUAUGAUUAUUCAGCCCAUUUUGAUUAAAAAAACCUGUGUUUCUGACAACUGCUUGUUUUUGUGCUGUAUAAGUGUGUUUAUUUGGAGUCUGAUUGUUCAGUUUGCCAUGAACCAUUACUAUGCAAAUUGUCAUGACACAGUCAAGUACAACGUUUCUUUACAUUGUAAAAAUCAAGUGUAACUUAGCAUUACUGAACUGUGAAGUUUCUGUCCUCUGGUCAACUGGUGCUUUGAAAAAAAAAAACAUGUAUAAUAAGCACCAGAUUUUAUUUUCUGCUAUUAUCUGCACAUGAAAAUACACUGCAUAAUAAAUAAGCAUUAAAUAGUGUGAA